CGCGCGGGGGAGCAGGAAGCCAGCCUCCAAUGCGCUUCUUUCAGUCAUCUCGAGGUUUCUCGAUGCUCCAUUAACCUGUUCAUUUACUUACCUCACUCCCUUUCACUCUUCAUGAAUUUGCUUGUAUCCUCUACCUCUUCCCUAAUGCCUUGAGACUGAUUUGCGUCCGUCGGCCAUGGCGAGGCUCUCCAACCCUUUCGCCUUCACUCGUUGGCCCGUCACCAUCAUCACGUCCGCUGUUUACCUCGUUAUUAUUGUUGCUCUCCUCAUCGUCCAUACGACGGUCCCUUCUCCUCCAUCCUCGCCUACUCCCAUUCGCGGCGUCAACCUGACAGAAGCUUGGCUGGACUUGCAGCUUCUCACCGCGGCUUACCGUCCUUACAACAGCCGUCGCAACGACCAAAUCCACGAGUGGCUCCUCGAACGGAUCAAGUCGAUAGCGAAAGAAAACGACGCUUCUCCACAUGUCUUCGAGGACAAUACCUCCAAUCUUACCUUUUCUUCGGGAGGAGUACUUUCUGGGCCUGGCGUGUCUGUCUACUUUGAGGGCACCAACCUCAUCGUCUAUAUACCGGGAACGGAAGAUGAUAAAACACAAUGGUGGCUUGACCCAGACGGAAAACCAUCGGCUCGCAACGCAGUCUUGGUGAAUGCACACUAUGACAGUGUAUCAACGGGUUUCGGCUCUACAGAUGACGGCGUCGGGGUCGUCUGCGUAUUGCAACUACUCAAAUACUUUACGACACCCAUGAACAAGCCAAAGAACGGAGUGGUGCUCCUCUUGAACAACGGUGAAGAAGACUUUUUGAAUGGAGCAAGUGUUUUCAGCCAACACCCCAUGUCCAUGGUUGUGAGCUCAUUCCUGAAUCUGGAGGGAGCUGGCGCAGGGGGGCGGGCUGCUCUGUUUCGAAGCACCGACGAAGCCGUCACAAAAGCCUAUGCUCACUCCAAGUACCCUUUUGGCUCGUCCACAUCGGCGGAUGGCUUUAAUCGAGGACUAGUGCGGAGUCAGACGGACUAUGUCGUAUUCAAUGGCAAGUUGGGUUAUCGUGGACUGGACGUUGCCUUCAUUGGACCGCGGGCGAGAUACCAUACCGAUCAAGACGACUCACGGCACACAGGGAAAGGCUCUCUUUGGCACAUGCUCUCAGCGGCGGUGGCUACAACGAGAGCCUUGACAUCGACCUCGCUGAAGACGAACCUGGAUCCUGAGAACAAUCCAGGAAGUCCGUCACUCUGGUUCGAUAUCUUUGGCCGAACGUUUGCCAUCUUAAAAGCGCACACUUUCUUCGCUCUAUCGGUCACUUUGCUUGUCGUGGGACCUGUGAUACUCCUGCUCACCGUUGCCCUGCUGUAUCGAGUCGACAAGUUCUAUCUUUUCUCAGGGUCGCGGCCGCUCCACCACCCGAAUGGAGACGAAAGGAUCAAACUCUACGGAUGGCGUGGCUUUUUCCGUUUCCCGCUGAUCUUGCUCGUGGCUUGUGCGGUCCCAAUUGCUCUGGCAUACCUGAUCUUCAAAGAAAAUCAAUACAUCGCCCACAGCAGUGAGUGGGCAGUAUGGACCAUGAUGAUUGCCUCCUUCGUCAUUGUUGCGUGGUUCUUCUGCAGAGCUGCGGACUAUACACGGCCUUCUUCACUCACCCGCGUCUACGGGUUCUCAUGGAUGUGGGGAGCAUGGUGGGUGCUCCUUGUCGUUGCAACAGUGUUUGAACAACAGCUCCACGUCGUCGGUCUGUACUUUGUCCUGGUGUACGCAGCGCUCGUGUGGCUGGCUACGUGGUUGUCCUACCUAGAGUUGUUUUCCUUGCCCAGGAAAUCGGUAUAUUGCCAGCGUCUAGUUAGCGAAGACGACCCGUCGCACCAGCAUCCCGGCUCGGGCGCGGGGUACGAAGACGCUGGGGACCGUCCGGAUCCCGAUGAUGACGAUGAGCCUACGGAAAGGUCGAGUCUCCUAAGGAGGGGAUACCGUCAAGGGAGAGAAGAAGCGAGUCCUGACAUCAAAGCCGAUGUUGACAAGUCUGACUCCAUCGAAGAGCCGGAUUGGAGUAAAUCACAAUGGUCGUGGCUGUGGCUGUUGCAGAUGCUCGUCCUUGUGCCCAUCAAUCUUAUCAUCGUCGGCCAGAUCGGCCUUUUACUGACUGAAGGUCUGCACCAGACGGGACAGGACGGAAGUUCGAUGUUUCUGUUAUACAUUAUGGUGGCUGCCUGCACAAUACUUCUCUUCUCUCCGCUUGUGCCCAUUCUGCACCGAGUCACUUGGCAGAUACCGGUGUUUCUUCUACUUGUCUUUAUUGGCACCAUGGUUUACAAUCUCACCGCCUUCCCCUUCUCCACGAACAACAGGUUGAAGCUUUUCUUUCAACAGCAAGUGGACCUUGAAGGAGGGAACAACACCGUCUUUUUGACCGGGGUAUCACCCUACACUCGCCAUGCAGUCGACUACAUACCCAGCUCCGCCGGACAGGAUAUCAUCUGCACACCUGCAAGCCCCUCGGUCUCCGGUAACAUGCAAACCUGUUCAUGGGCGGGAUACUCGCCCAAUGUUGUCAACCCUCCUGUCAACUCUUUCUCCCCCACGGAACAGUACAGCAGCUGGCUCACUUUCAACGUCACUCGCCUGAAUAAUAGUGAUAGCGAAUACAAAGCCCGCUUCGUGCUCUUUGGGAAAAACACCCGUGCGUGCAAACUCGUCUUCGAGACCGCGCCGAUCACUGGCUUCCAUGUAGUCGGGCAAGCGCCGAGGGACACACGGUUCCCCCCUGUGCCCGAAGAUGGGAGUCAGGAGAUCAGGCUAUGGAGCCGCACGUGGGGAAGGGCUUGGACCGUGGAUGUCAAUUGGGACAUCCCAGCUGCCAGUCUCGAAGGGCCAAAUGACUUCGAGGAUGCUAACUAUCAGCAGAUCUCAGGUGCUAACAGUACGGUGUCCGGUCGAGUGGUAUGUCUAUGGAGCGACGCGAACAAGAAUGGUGUAAUACCCGCAUUUGACGAGGCAAUGCAUUAUGUCCCAGCGUGGGCGGCAAUCACCAAGAGAGCGGAUGGACUGGUGGAAGGGUACAAACGAUUCCAGAUAUGAUCGAUCAAGAUCUCGAAGGGGGUGAAGCGCUGGGUUCUCGGCAGCAAGUGCGCACGAGUGCCGUAUUGAGGAUUUGUGAGAGACUUUACUUGCUUGCGUCUAUCCAUCUUGUUGUGCUCUAGUGGUCCUUGGUUUGAGCGACGUACAGCACCUGUAAUCAAUUCUGCACCUCAUCGGGAGUUCGGGUGGAUAUUUCUCCAGAUUGUCUGCUGGGUGUACGGGAAAGGGAGGAACGAGGACACGAAGGGCAUUUCUUGGAAUUGCGGUCCGCCAGAGUGGAAGUGCGUCGUCUCGUCUUCACCCGAGUUGGUCCCAUGAAAUGGGGUAGUCCCGUUUGGUGAACAAGAUCAUACCGUUCGGCCACCAUGGGAGCAUUGUUAUUGCAGCUCGCACUUUGGAGGUACCGGCCAGCUGAGAUGGCGUAUGCCUUUUUCUUGCUUGGGGAAGUCCGGAGUUGUCUGUUGGGAUUUUCUAUUUGGUUCCAAUCAGGACAUAAUAAACCGUGUCCCCAUGCUGAGACAUUUGUGCUCUUGGAAUCGAGAAGAAUGCAUUGAACAUACAGUGGUGUAAAGGGGAAUACAAAUAGAGCC